CUUUGCAUUCCCUUGCCCUACUAUUAAGAUCUAGGUUGCACAUUUGAGCUUUUAUAGCUGACAUAGCUGGGGUGAAAUAAUGUUUGGAUUAGGUGUGGUUUACAUAAAUGAUACUAAUUUCAUGGUAUAAGGCCAUGCUAGAAGUUUUCUCUGCAACUGAGGUUUGCUAUGCUUAAGUAGGUGUGAUACUAUUGACCUUUUCGUACUGUGAAUGUUGGGUAAUUCUAGAAUCCUCUAGCCAUGUAAGUAGAGUUGACACUGUUGGGCUUUUACUGUUAAUGGAAUUGAUCUCUCUCUCCAAUUGAAUCUAAUUCUAGAUUCACCAGUAUUAGAAAGAAAAACUUUUCCAACGAUCCAAUUUCAGCUCUGUUUGCGAGCUGAGCUUAAUCCCACAAAGCCCGAGUCAGUGUUUGAGCCCUCAGCCUUACCAAGUUAAAAUUGUUUUCCAUGACCCCUGCAAUGACAAUAAAAGCACUGUCCGUGCUUCUUCUUUUGUCUUUGACAUACAAAUGGGUAGCCUCUUCUCCCCUGUAUGCAAGCUCCAGAUGGAUUGUGGACGAAAAUGGCUACAGAGUAAAGCUUGCCUGUGUUAACUGGGUCUCACAUGUAGAUACUAUGGUUGUAGAAGGUCUGGAUAGGCAACCACUUGAUGCAAUAACUGCAAGCAUAUCUGCAAUGGGUUUUAACUGUGUUCGCUUGACUUGGGCUCUCUAUAUGUUCACAGAUCCUUCUCUGGGAUCUAUAACAGUCAGGCAGUCCGUGAGAAAAUUAAACCUCACAGAUGCAGAAUCAGGCAUAGAAACCUAUAAUCCAGACCUCCUUGACUUAUCUGUUAUAGCGGUAUACAAAGUAGUGGUCUCAAGCUUGGGUUCCAGCAACGUGAAGGUGAUCUUGGACAAUCAUAUCAGCAGCCCUGGAUGGUGUUGCAGCAAUUCAGAUGGCAAUGGAUUCUUUGGGGACAAGGAUUUUAAGCCAGAUGUAUGGAUUAAAGGCCUGACAACAGUAGCUUCAACGUUCAAUGGGACUAGUCAGGUUGUGGGAAUGAGUCUAAGGAAUGAACUCAGAGGCCCAAAGCAAAACCAAAAUGACUGGUAUAAAUACAUGCAGAUGGGAGCAGAGGCCGUCCACAAAGCAAAUCCUGACGUGUUGGUUAUACUUUCAGGAUUGAGCUUUGACACCAAUCUCGAUUUUUUAUCCAGAAAUCCAGUGAGCCUGAGUUUCAAGGAAAAGAUUGUCUUUGAAAUGCACUGGUAUGGAUUUUCUGAUGGACAAGCUUGGGCCAAUGGGAAUGCCAACCAGGUCUGUGGGUCUGUGAUGUCAAGUGUAUUCAGUAGAGGAGGAUUUCUACUUACGCCUAACAUGAGCUACACUGCUCCUCUAUUCAUAAGUGAAUUUGGCAUAGAUCAGAGGGGAACAAAUGCCAAUGACAAUAGAUACAUAAAUUGCUUUCUGGCUUUUGCUGCUGAGAAUGACUUGGAUUGGGCUCACUGGGCCCUUCAAGGAAGUUAUUAUAUAAGAUCAGGAAAAGUUGCAUUGGAUGAAACAUAUGGACUACUUGCUGGGGACUGGAGUCAACCAAGAAAUGAAAGUUUUCUAGCGAGAUUAAGUGUUUUGCAACAGCCAUUUCAAGGCCCUGGUUUAUCUGAACAUUCUCCUUAUCAAAUGAUAUACCAUCCAGCUACAGGAAUGUGUCUACAGAGGGACACUUUGUUGAGCUUAGAUCUUAUUUUGGGACCUUGCACAGAAACUGAUGCAUGGACAUAUACUGAAGACAAAAACAUCAUGCUGAAAGGAACAUUCUUCUGCAUAGAAGCUGGUGGCCUAGGAGAACAAGCAAGGAUGGGAAUUUUUUGUGAUGAUGACAAUACUAAGUGGGACAUGAUAUCUGAUUCUAAAUUGCACUUGUCUGCAACAGUAGGAAAUGGUAGUACAGUAUGCCUUGAUGGAUCUUCCAGCCCAUCUGUUGUGACUAAUGAGUGCAAGUGUUUGAGUAAGGACUCAAGCUGUGAACCAGGGGACCAAUGGUUUAAGAUCAUCACCACAACAAGAGAAAUGCCACUUAUUUCAAACGUUCUAGCACAGAAACAAAAAGAAGAUAUGGAGGAAGCAUUUCCACGUGAAGGGACUGCAGUAGAAUAAAGGAGGGAGCAUCCCCAUAAAUCACUUCAAGAAGCUGUGAUAAAAAUAAAAUGGAGGAACCAUAUUCAUAUGUCAUUCGAUAUAAAAAUAUUUGAACGGUCUGUUAUACUAUAUAUCCUCUUUGUGCUCCAUUUUCAAGAGCUCAUUCACAAUUGUAAAAAUAUGGUGAAUUAAAUAAUAAUUUAUAUUUCACAUUUC